AUGCUCACGAAUACUGUUGCAGCCAAGGUUGUAGUGGGCCUGAUGGUGAUAGUGUGUCUUGGGUACUACAACUACCAUCACGCAUACAGCAACUUGUACAACUACCGCUCAGAUACUUCUACCGCACUCCCGGCGGACUCCGUGCUGAGCAAAGCGGAUGUGUCCCAUGACACCACCGCUUAUACCAAGUUCCCAAACAAUGUGGUGGAGGACUUCCACUCCACUAAAGCAGACACUGUGCGAAGCAACUCGGGGAAGUUGCUGGACCUCGCACGCAGAAUAUACUACAAGUACAAGUUCGACACUUCCCCCAAGUGGAUGGACAAGUACACUUUGAAGAAGAACCUGCUGCGAUACAGCGCAGGCCCCAAGAAGGGAGAGCCCAUUCCAGCGAUAAGCAACCUGGGCUUUUACGACUUCGAUCCCAGGAUGACGUGGUCUGUGUACUUGCACCAUUUCUUGAGCACCGCGACGGAUGACUACGAAGACGAUGGUGAACAAGUGCAGUUUUCGUGGUAUGACUGGACAGACUUCCAUGAAGUGAAUAACAUGCUUGCGGCCUCCGUGUCGUCCUUGCCUUGCAACUUCGUCCUGGAGUCCGCCUUUGACAGAGAGUACAUUGAGAUGAUCGAGGAAGAGAACGGCGAGCCAUUGUUCAGUUACGAUAGGAAGAAAUACUCGCAGGCAUCUUGGUACAAGAUGGAAAGAAAGAAAGCAGACUUCCACAGAAGAAACAAGAUAAGCGAUUACUGCGAGCCCUUCAACAUUGGGAAACAUUUCGGUGUAAAUAGCUCUACCUUAGCUGGUGUCGAUCUAACACAAGAUGUAUUCUCAAGAAUGCAGCCUCCUUUCUACAUUAAGAAGCCUUGGGACAAUCUAAGACCCGAAGUGUUCCAAUUACAAGCCAGAAUCUACAUGUGGUCUACUUUACAGCCUCCAUUGUCCAUAACGAUACUAGAUGGUAUGAACAAUUCAUUCCAGAUACCAAUCAAUCAAACUAGUAGAUUAAAUUUGGCACAGAAUGGUAUGCUACAAAAUUUUGUGAAUAAUAGAACUGAAGAGAAAAUAGAACAGAUGAAGAAGGCAAAAUGGCAACAAGAUCCUAAUGAUAUAGACGUUGAAUUUGAUCAUAUAGAACUAUUUGAGAAAUUUGUAAACGAUGAUAGGAUACAGAAAUACAAAGUCAAGAUCCCUGGUACCAAUAAACAUGCACUUCAACAUGACGAAUUCAUUGAGUUGAAAGAGGAAGAUUUUGACUUCGAUGUUAAGUCCAAAAUAUCUGAACUAGAAGAAUUAGAAAGAGAAGGUAUGGCAACUAAACAGGAUUCAAUGUACCUAGAUUCCCUUAAAUUUUCACUCAAUACUCCAGCAGUCCUACAACCGAAAUAUUUUGCAGAAGCCAGAGGGGUCUUGCAAUACAAUGGUCUGGGACAUCACCGUGAUAGGCGGUUUUUCUACGGAGAUAAUCUAAUUCAUGAUACUCAUGAGUACGCCCUGAGAUUGAACUCGAUGAUCAGAACCUUUCAGAAAUUUGCCAUCGCAAACGGUCUAGUUAGUUGGCUAUCUCACGGUACACUGUAUGGUUAUAUGUACAACGGUAUGACUUUCCCAUGGGAUAAUGAUUUUGAUUUACAAAUGCCUAUCAGACAUUUGCAUUUGCUUGCACAAUACUUCAACCAAUCUCUUGUUCUAGAAGAUCCAAGGGAGGGGAAUGGUAGAUAUAUGAUCGAUGUCGGUAGCUCUCUCGUUACUCGUUCUCAUGGUAACGGACAUGGUAAUAUCGAUGCAAGAGUUAUUGAUAUUGAUACAGGUAUGUACAUUGAUUUAACGGGUCUAAGUGUUUCUUAUAGCCGAAUCUCAGAUAAACUCAAGUUGCAAAUUGGUCAUAUGAUAUCAGAUCAAAACAUUAUAGUAGAGCCAAAAGAAGAACCAGUUACCGAUCUUGAGUCCUUAAAACAAAUACCAUUAGGCUUAAUGACUCCACUUCAACUAUACAAUUAUUCAACUGCCUUCAAAGAACAAUUUUCAAAAGCCGAACUUAGAACUUUGAAGGAAAAUGCAGAACGGGAAAUCAAAGACUCUAAGGGUAAUGGAUGGGCUCCCAGGAAACUCAACCCAGCACAAAGAUUAGAAUUUAAUAAACUGAUGAAGGCCUACAACUGUAAAAAUGAACAUUUCUCAUUACUAAGUGAACUUUCACCAUUAAGAAAUACUUUAUUUCACAGCGUCCCUGCGCUAAUACCGAAUCGCUAUGUGGACCUGUUGCGACACGAAUAUAGAGUACCCGCUCAAUAUGAGUUUACAGUUUUUCAACAAAACGCUUUUAUUCCUGAAUUUAGAUCCUGGCUUACCUAUAAUGCUAUUAGAAAAUAUGCCAACAUCCACCAUUGGUAUGCAAACCUCAAAAGUAUCAUAAAGAGCCUGCCUCCAAAUAUCGUAAAGCAGUUUUUGGGGUUAAGCCUAUCUGAUGUAAAAACAAUGUACGCAAAUAUGGUCAAAUCUCAUGAUGACGAUCUGCUAGCUUUGCAAUUUGCUUCAUUUGAUCUAACAUCGUACCGUGUCAAAGAGUUGGGAAUUUUAUACUCCAAGUUAACACCUAUUCUAAAAACCAAGUUGUUAAGAGAGCUCAGAAGAAAUGUGGCACCUCAUAUUAGCUCUCCUGGGAAAGAUGCAUUCAUGUUUAAUUAUGAAAGGAAACUUUGGAAGAAUGUCACAGAAUCCAUGGAUCCGACAGAAGUUCGGAUCAUUGAAGAAUGGGUGAUGCUGGACAUCUAUGACAACAUUGUGACCAGGACAGAUGACUUGAUGAACGAGAAGUAUUAUCUAUUCAAUAUUUCAGAACCAGUUAAAAAUAUCGACAGGUCAAUUUUUGCAGCUAUAAAUCCUCAAAAUACAACUUCAACUGUAUUAGACUUCAAUAAAAUUGGAACUAACUUCUUCACCAGCAAGGAUAAAUCUUGGUCAUUACGUUCUGACAACAUGCUGUUUAGGACUGAUGUGAAUCUUGUGCCUGGGUUAUUUCUAGUCGGGGCUACGAGCCAAAGCUAG